GGUGGAAUUUGAGGUGUCGGUGUGUUGCUGUGCAGCGGGCGUAUUGAAUUUGUUCUGCGGAACUACCUGAGGCAAAUAGUUGAGGGAUCCGUACAGUAGCCACCAUGUCCGGCCUGGAGCUGCUGUCCGAGCAGGGGCUGCGCGUGGACGGCCGGCGCGCGCACGAGCUGCGCAACAUCGAGUGUCGCCUGGGCGUGUUCUCGCGCGCCGACGGCAGCGCCUACCUGGAGCAGGGGAACACCAAGGUGCUGGCGGCCGUGUACGGGCCGCACGAGGCGCGCGCCAGCCAGCGGCGGCACGACGCGGCCGCCAUCAACUGCCAGUACAGCCAGGCGGUGUUCAGCGGCUGGGAGCGGCAGCGGCGCGCCGGCGGCGACCGCCGCUCGCUCGAGCUCACCGCCCUGCUGCAGAACACGCUGGAGAGCGUCGUCCAAGUGGCGCUCUACCCGCGCUCCCAGAUCGACGUCUACGUGCAGGUGCUGCAGGCGGACGGCGGCCAUUACGCCACGUGCGUGAACGCGGCGGCGCUGGCGCUGAUCGACGCCGGCGUGGCGCUCAAGGACUACGUGUGCGCGUGCUCGGCGUCGGUGCUGCGCGAGCGGCCGCUGGUGGACCUGAGCUCGAGCGAGGCGAGCGGCGCGCCCGAGCUGACGGCCGCGCUGCUGCGCUCCGGCCGGCUGCCGCUGCUCGAGAUGAGCCAGCGCUUCCACGUGGACAAGCUGCCCGAGCUGCUGGAUGUGGCCGAGACGGCGUGUCGAGACGUGCACACCAUCCUGAACCGCGCCGUGCGCAGGCACGUCAGUGCGCGCGCCGCCGACCUCUGACGACGGCGCAGGGAGGGGC